GCUUCCGGCGGGGCUUGCCGCUUCCGCUUCCGGCGGCUUGGUGGGUAAGCCGCUGACGAGAGGAUGGACGGUUUGGUUGCUCAUUGCUCCGCGCGGCUGCUGCAGCAGGAGAAAGAGAUUACGUUUCUGACUGCUGAAAUUGAUCGGUUGAAAAACUGCAGCUGUUCAGAAGCUUCUUCAAAUUUGGAACAGUUGCGGGAAGAAAAUUUAAAAUUAAAGUAUCGGCUGAAUAUCCUUCAAAAGAGUCUUCAAGCAGAAAGGAGCAAACCAACUAAAAAUAUGCUUAACAUCAAUAGUUGCCUACAAGAGGUCUUUGGUUGUGCCAUUAAGGCUGCCUAUCCAGAUUUGGAAAAUCCUCCACUGAUAGUGACACCAAGUCAACAGCCCAAGUUUGGGGACUAUCAGUGUAAUAGUGCUAUGGGUAUCUCUCAGAUGCUCAAAACCAAGGAGCAGAAAGUUAAUCCAAGGGAAAUUGCUGGAAACAUUAUCAAACACCUCCCAGACAAUGAAUAUAUUGAAAAAGUUGAAAUUGCUGGUCCUGGUUUUAUUAAUGUCCACUUAAGAAAGGGCUUUGUAUCACAACAGUUGACCAACCUCUUGGUGAAUGGUGUUAAACUACCUGCCAUUGGAGAAAACAAAAAGGUUGUAGUUGACUUUUCCUCUCCCAACAUAGCUAAAGAGAUGCAUGUAGGCCAUCUCAGGUCGACGAUCAUAGGAGAGAGCAUGUGCCGCCUCUUUGAGUUUGCAGGAUAUAACGUGCUGCGAUUAAACCAUGUAGGAGAUUGGGGAACCCAGUUUGGCAUGCUCAUUGCUCACCUGCAAGACAGAUUUCCGGAUUACCUAACAGUUUCACCUCCCAUUGGGGAUCUUCAGGCUUUUUAUAAGGAAUCCAAGAAGAGAUUUGAUACCGAGGAGGAAUUUAAGAAGAGAGCAUACCAGUGUGUUGUUUUGCUCCAGAGUAAAAAUCCAGACAUCAUAAAAGCUUGGAAGCUUAUCUGUGAUGUCUCCCGCCAAGAGUUUAAUAAAAUCUAUGAGGCGUUGGACAUCUCUUUAAUAGAGAGGGGAGAAUCCUUCUAUCAAGAUAUGAUGAAUGAUAUUGUGAAGGAGUUUGAAGAUAGAGGAUUUGUGCAAGUGGAUGAUGGCAGAAAGAUUGUGUUUGUUCCAGGAUGUUCCAUACCAUUAACCAUAGUAAAAUCAGAUGGAGGUUAUACCUAUGAUACAUCUGACCUGGCUGCUAUUAAACAAAGACUGUUUGAGGAAAAAGCAGAUAUGAUCAUCUAUGUGGUAGACAGUGGACAAUCUUUACACUUCCAGACAAUAUUUGGUGGUGCUCAAAUGAUUGGUUGGUAUGACCCUGCAGUAACUCGAGUGUCUCAUGCUGGAUUUGGUGUGGUACUGGGGGAAGACAAGAAGAAGUUUAAAACACGAUCAGGUGAAACGGUGCGCCUCAUAGACCUUCUGGAAGAAGGACUAAAACGCUCCAUGGACAAAUUGAAGGAAAAAGAAAGAGACAAGGUCUUAACCACAGAGGAAUUGAAGGCUGCUCAGACAUCUGUUGCUUAUGGCUGUAUCAAAUAUGCUGAUCUUUCCCAUAACCGGUUGAAUGACUAUAUCUUCUCCUUUGACAAAAUGCUGGAUGACAGAGGAAAUACAGCGGCUUACUUGUUGUAUGCCUUCACUAGAAUCAGGUCAAUUGCGCGUCUGGCCAGUAUUGAUGAAGAAAUGCUCCAGAAAGCUGCUCGAGAGACCAAGAUCAUUUUGGACCAUGAGAAGGAAUGGAAACUAGGCCGGUGCAUUUUGAGGUUCCCUGAGGUUCUGCAGAAGAUUUUAGAUGACUUAUUUCUCCACACUCUCUGUGAUUAUAUCUAUGAGCUGGCAACUACUUUCACAGAAUUCUAUGAUAGCUGCUAUUGUGUGGAGAAAGAUCGACAAACUGGAGAAGUAUUGAAGGUGAACAUGUGGCGUAUGCUGCUAUGUGAAGCAGUAGCUGCUGUCAUGGCCAAGGGGUUUGAUAUCCUGGGAAUAAAGCCUGUCCAAAGAAUGUAAUCCUCCUUAGGUUUGAACACUGUGUGUUUUUACCAAAGUGGCCAUUAGCAUUGUUUGCUUUUUCACAAUCAUCAAUCAUGUGGAUACAAAAACAAGUAAAAGAAAUUUGUCAGCUAUCUACAGAACAUGUGGUUCUUUAUCUCUCACAACUAGGCUUCUGAAAAGAAAAAUACUUUCACUAAUUUUAAUUAAAUAAGGAAUCCCAUUUAUUGAGCCCUACUGUAGUCCCCAAGAACACAACCUUCAUUACCAUUUAUUCUGAAAAAACAAAUGCUUAAUAAACAUGAAUGGUAUUGCACCAUGCUGUUUCCAAGGGUCUCCAAGCUCAAAGGAGCCUUAGGUAUGAUCUUAAUGAGUUAUGACAAUAACUACCAUUUACGACUGGUAUGCACAGAGCCCAUGUCCACAGAAUAAAGGAUAAAUUGAGAAUAAAUAUCUAACUAAAGCGAAUUGCAAUGAGAAGACAAAUUAUUAAAAAGAAGCCAAGUAGAAGUUCUGGAGUUGAAAAGUAUAACUGAAAUGAAAGAUUUGCUAGAGGGGCCCAACAGCAGAUUUGAGCAGAUAGAUGAAAGAACUUAAUAGAUAGGCCAAAUUGAAAUUAUACAGUCUGAGAAAGAAUUAUAUUAAUGCUUAGAAUGAAAUUUUUAAAAAAUGAACAGAGCCUAAGAGAUGACCUACAGGACACCAUCAAAAGUACCAACAUAUGUAUAAUGGGAGUCCCAGAUGAGAGGAGAGAAAGAAGCAUAAAAUAUUUGAAGAAAUAAUAGCUAAAAAUUUCUCAGAUUUGAUGAAAAACGUUAAUCUAAAAAAAAAAAAACAAAAAAACGUUAAUCUACAUAUAGAAAGAAGCUUAAUAAACUCCAAAUGGGAUAAACUCAGAGAUCCUUUUUGAAAUAUGUAAACUGUUGAAAGACAGACAAAUUGGAAAUCUUGAAAGCAAGAGAGAAGCUACUCAAAUCACAUGCAAGGGAUCCUCAAUAGCAGCAGUCCCCAAUUUCAGCAACAAUUUUUCCACAGACGGGGGGUGGAGGGUAAUGGUUCAGGCGGUAAUGCAAGCGAUGGGGAGCAAUAGGUGAAGCUUUGCUCGCUUGCCAGCUGCUCACCUCCUGCCGUGUGGCCCGGUUCCUAACGUUCAGUUAUUUCGCCUUCAUCAGUUGUCUUUGUCACUGAGAGAACCGCUAAGGAAUGAAAGAGUUUAAACCCUUUACUUCGGACCACACUCAGCCUGUCUGCAUCCCUCUGAUUCAACCACCAAGGGAGGAGGGAGGCGUCCUGGGGCUGCUGCUCCCCACAGACACCCACCCUGUCUAGCAUGCUUUUGGUCUCCAGGAUUUUACCAGGCACAUCAUAGCCUUCUUGGACAAUUUUAAACAGCAAGAUCACCAACAAAAAGCACAAAAGUGUCACUAAAUAGGCCGCGAAAAGGACCAUUUUUUUACAGUAUGUGAACUGAAACAAGAUGGCAGAACAGCACCUUGUUCAACCUAAGCUGGUGAUACUGCAGUGAAGACUCCUGGGUAUAAAUCUUGGCACAGAUCCAUGAUCAUUCUCCUUCUAGUAAACACCAAGAGGUGGAAUUGUGGAGUCAGAAGGUACAUGCCUGGUAAAGACUUCAGCACAAUUAACAAAUGGCUUGAUAGGGAGGGAAGCACGUCACAGUCCCAGCAGCAAUGCAUGAAAACUCCAUGUCCUAAAUCCUCGUCAAUAUUGGAUAUUGAGUUUGACAGGUUUGGCGACACUAGCUUAGUACUGAGAAAAUUAAUCAGCCUGAAAUCACUGCACCCUAACUCUGUGUUAAAACACAGAGAAGUAUAUGUCCUGGUUCUGAAGGAAUUCACAGAAUAUGGGCCAGGUUUUUCCUGGCUGAACCACUUACUUCCCUGCUGUUUGGCUCUGGAAGAGUUAUUGACCCUCUUUGCCUUAACCUUGCCUGCCAGCCGUGAGGAUGAGUAUCUGGACUGAAUUUAUCAUAUUCUCAUUUACAUUUGUAUUAUAAGUAAUAUAUAAAUGAGAAUAUAUAUAUGUUCUUAUUUAGCCUCCCCAACUAGACACAAAUAUAUAUAUAUAUAAACUAAUAACUAUAAUAUAUAUACAGUUAAUAUAUACAGGGUUCAAAAGCGGUUGUCACUGCCAGUGCUAUUACUACUACUGAUUAUAAUAAUCAUUGAGAUGGCUCUGGGUAGACACUUAACAAAUGUUAAUUACCACUUACAAGCUGUUUAACUUGGCUUAGAAAAGUUACGCCCUCUCUCCAAUCAUUAGCUUCCCCAUCUGUUCAACGGAACUAAAAAUACCCAUUUCCUAGGAUUACUGUGAGGAUUAUAGGAAAUGAAACCAUCAGCUCAGUACCAGGAAUAUAGAAGGAAGUUUUCUUCCUUUAGGAAUAUUUUAGAAACCGACUUCAGAAAAAUAAUGCAUAAUGCCUGAUAAUAAACAACUCAGUUUCUUUUGUGAAGAACUCUAAGAUCAGGGGCUGAAUCAGCAAGAGCUGGUGAAACUACAUCUUUACCCUUUAUCCUCCUUUCUGGAAAAAUUAUUCUUUCCAAACAUCAACUCUUUUGGCCUGAUGUUCAGGUGCCUGUCACUGGGUUUGCCUGGCUGACGGCAAAAAAUCAUAGGAAGGCUGAGGUGCCAAUCUAGGAGACCGAAAUAAGAGUAGGGAUUAGGUGGAGAAGAAGGAAAUUCUUUCUCCCUAUGUUCUUGCUUAGUUAAUACCUAAUGGCUUUUUAAGGGGUUGCAAGUAUAGUUUAAUAAAGAUGUGCCAAUAUCUAGCAGCAAAGGCACUCUGCCAACAUCAUAAGCCCCUCUGCACCUGCUCUGGCAUAAUAACUUUGAUAAGAACUACUCAUUACUGAGCACAUACUGUAAGACUCUAUAAUCCUUCCAACAACCUGAUUAUUCCAAUGAAGACAUAGCUAUUCAGAAGAGAUAACAAUUCAGAGCCAGGACUGGGACUCAUGUCUGUUUGCCUUGAAGUACAUGUUUUUCCUUGUGUACUUUCUCUCUCUUCCUCUAGUACUUUUCAGAUUCCUGCCUUUUCCUUCUAGCCCACCCGGAUUUCAGGCCAGCCUUUGUACCCAUACCAGGUGCAUCACCGAUCCCCAUGGCUUUAAGAUCUCCUGUUCCCAUGGCCCUGCACCUGGCGGACUGAGAGGGAUGACAGCUGCUCUUUCUUUGCAGGGCACAGAGCUCUGAGUAGCACACCAAGAUGUGCAGGAAACUGCAAGCUGAGAACCCUUACAUAUUUCUGAGUCUCUGAGUCAUUGAAGAAAAAGAGGUACUUCAGUGAAGAGGGCUCAGCCUUACUAGGAAGUAUACAGGAAAUAUUAAAGGCACUGUGUUUUUAAAUAGUAUACUUAGCAAACUUGAAUAUUUUUGGCUAAAGCAAUUUCAUAUUGUGACCAAGGGAACUGAGUGAGUUCAAUUAAGGUACUAUGAAGAGACAGGAGCAUUGCAUACAGACCAAUGUUUUAACAGUUAAGAUUAUUUUUUAUCUUUGACCUAAAGGAGACAAGUAUACUCAAUAGGGAAAAGAUAGUGUCUCAAUAAACAGUGCUGGGAAAGCUGGAUAUUCACAUGCAAAAGAAUGAAAUUGGACCCCUAUCUUACGUGACUUACAAAAAUUAACUCAAAGUGGAUUAAAGACUUAAAUGUAAGAUCAGAAACCAUAAAACUCCUAGAAGAAAACAUAGGGGAAAAUCUGCUUGACACUGGGCUUGGCAAUAAUUAUUUUUUUAGAUAUGACACCAAAAGCACAAGCAACAAAAGUGAAAAUAAACAAGUGAGACUAUAUCAAACUGAAAAUUUUGUGUAUAGUCAAGAAGCAAUCAAUGAUAUGAAAAGGCAACCUAUGUAAUGGCAGAAAAUAUUUGUAAACUACAUAUCUGAUAGGGGGUUGAUAUCCAAAAUAUAUAGGGAACUCAUACAACUCAACAGCCAAAAAAAAAAAAAAAUUCCCACCCAAAUAA